GUUGAGCUUAUCUGAUAUUGUCUAUGCUCUGUGUCAAACUUCCUUUUCCUUGUGGCAUGGUGUCGGCAUAAGGAACCAAAAUGCAGAUUUUCGUGAAGACCCUCACGGGCAAGACCAUCACUCUUGAGGUCGAGCCUUCUGAUACCAUCGAAAAUGUAAAGGCUAAAAUUCAAGACAAAGAGGGAAUCCCCCCAGACCAGCAGAGAUUGAUCUUUGCCGGUAAGCAGCUGGAAGAUGGUAGAACACUAUCUGACUACAAUAUCCAGAAAGAGUCCACACUUCACUUGGUGCUGAGACUACGUGGUGGAGCCAAGAAACGCAAGAAGAAGAAUUACUCCACACCCAAGAAGAUCAAGCACAAGAAGAAGAAGGUCAAACUAGCAGUACUUAGGUUUUACAAGGUCGACGAGAACGGCAAGAUCCACCGCCUGCGGCGCGAGUGCACGGGCGAGCAGUGCGGCGCGGGGGUGUUCAUGGCCGUCAUGGAGGACCGCCACUACUGCGGCAAGUGCCACUCCACCAUGGUCUUCAAGGAUGACGACAAAUGAACCGCCUAGCCUUAAGUCGCGCUCCGACUGCUGUGUAUGAUGGAUUUAUAAUAAAUCUUGACACAGUGUCAGAGUA